AUGGCUUACAGAAAAAACCCGGAGAAUUCGGAAGCGGCUCGGCUUGAAGACGACGCGUUUGUUUACUUGGGGUGUAGGAAUGAGAUUGGGGAUGAUGAUGAUGUGGUGUAUUGGGCGGUGGAUGUGUCGGAGGUGAGUGAGCUGGUUAAUGAGCUGGGAGCGAGGCAUUUUUGCUUUGUGGAGCUGAGGACUCUUAUGGUGGCAACUGAUUGGGCUGAUUCUACUGCCAUGGGUUACCUUGCUAUAGUAGGGCAUGCCCGAGCUUUGCUUGAAUGGCACAACACAGUGCGCUUUUGUGGAUAUUGUGGAUGCCAAACAGUUUCUGCUGAGGCUGGGAGAUGGAAACAGUGCUCAAACGAAUCAUGCAAAAAGAGGAUUUAUCCUCGUGUCGAUCCAGUGGUUAUAAUGUUAGUGAUUGAUAAAGAAAAUGAUCGCGUCUUGUUAAGUAGGCAAUUGAGAUUUGUCCCUCGCAUGUGGAGUUGCCUUGCUGGAUUUAUAGAGCCAGGAGAAAGCUUCGAAGAGGCGGUAAAGAGAGAAACAUGGGAGGAGACUGGCAUUGAAGUUGGUGAAGUUGUCUAUCACAGUUCUCAGCCAUGGCCUGAUGCUAAAUGGCAUAGUCGAGAAGAUGUGACGAAAGCUCUUACAUUUACUGAAUACAAGAAGGCACAGAUGACAGCAGCAGCUAAAGUAGAGCAAAUGUGCAAAGGUGUGGAAAAGGGGCAGAACUUAUCUGCAGAUUUCAAUGUCGAAAGUGGGGAACUUGCUACCAUGUUUAUACCCGGGCCCUUUGCGAUUGCUCAUCAUCUCAUCUCGUCUUGGGUAAAUCGAGUUCCGGUUAAUGGCAUCGAGGCACAUAAACAAGCUUCUGGUUCACUAUCGAAUCUAUAAAGUCUGGAAUUAAAAUUAGGUAUAGAGGAGAUUGAUGCACCCUUAUAUGGUUAUAUCCUCAUUCCUAGUUUCUUUGAUAUAAGGCUAUGAAAUAGGUUGGACAAUCAGCUCUGUUGGGACAAUCAACGAGAAUGGUUCGCACUUCAACUUCCAUUGAGGUUCCGGCUUCAUGAACUGUGUCUCGAAAGUCUAUUAUACGAGAAACUUCUACUCGACUUCAUACCAGCUGCAUCGUUGCUUGGAACAAGGUCGGCCUCUCGUGCUUAUGGGGAAUUGGCUGUCAGAGGUGUUCUUUGUUCUCUUCGGUCCGUUUGUCGAUGGGUGGCCAGUUUUUACCAGAAUUUCUGAUAUGAGCACAUUUGGUUACUUACACAAAGCCCUAAUAUUUACUAAGCUCGGUUGGGACAUUAUCAAUAAUCAAUUUAUCAUUGAACAUGCACCAUUAUGGUUCUAGGCGACAUCACACAGAAAGAACUUUUCUUUAUGAAUAAAAUAAUCAAAUAAAAUAAAUCCUCUAUCGUGCAAGUUUGCACAACACGACGCUUGCUGUUACACCCAUAUGAAUAAAAUAAUCAAAUCAAAUAAAUCAUAUACUCGUAUUAUUUUAUUGUUAUGUGAGUAGAGCUGUUGUGCAAACUUGCAUAGCAGAGGAUCCCACCCCAUAAACAAACUAUUCUUUCCGACCCAAGAUAUGACAUUUGUGUAGUAUUUUUGUCACGCAAUAGGAGUCUUAUUUGAUUAUGACACGAAUUUUAAGAAAUUGCAUGAGUUUUAAAAAAGAUAAUAAAAAGUGAAUGUAAUAAGUUAGUGGAAUAUAAGGAUCACUUAUAUAUAUUAAUUUUAUAAUAAAAUAUGAGUGGAAUAAGUUGAUAGAAUCAUAAAAUUAUAAAAUAAGACUCCUAUUGUGUGAUGAUGGGGUAUAUUAUAUUUUUUGGUAUCUCAUUAAACAUGUAAUUUGAAACCCUAAUAUCACAAGAUAUUAUAUUAGUAAUAUAAUGAGUUAUCUAAGAUUCAAUGUUGUACAGCUAUGAAGCCUGAUAUGGUAGAACACGUAUGCUUCCUUCCAACAAAGCCUGCUUUUUGACUCCACUCGGCAAACAAUUCGUGUAUUGAAUGCUUUAUUGAUCAAACUACUCUGUAAUUCAGUAUUCGGUCUUCUUCUAUUGUCUUUACUUAAUUGGAGCUCUGUUCCAGCUGUAGCAGAACUGAUUCGGUAUAAGGGGAAUAUUUUAUGGCGUGCAUAAUGACGGCGGCGCUCCGAUCCUCCCUUCCCUUUAUAUAUUUUAUUGAUUCAUCUCAAGGUAGAAUACCAUAUCACUCAAAUUGCGGUUUCUACCUGUUUAAUCCUCUUUCCUAACUGUUCAGGGAAGAUAUGAAAAAAUGGAUGUGGCUGUGAGGGACGAGGAAAUAGUCGAUUUCAGAUGUGAUCCUUCACCAAUUAUGGCACAAUGAUAUCUAUCUCAAGAUGAAUCGCAGGUUUAGUAUACCCAUUACAAAGAGGAGAUGUGUUGUCCACGUACUGGGACGGAGAAAUAGGGUUUAUCCAAGAGUUAACCAUGCCUCUCCCAGGGACGAUGCCUUCAAUUUGGAGACUGAGUGUGUGUUAGAGACUAUGAGGAAUAUGACUCCAGAAGAAGCUGUAUCCUAUUCAGCUCAAGCAGUUGCAGAAGCGGAAGUAGCAAUGCUUGCAGCUGAAGAAGCUAUGCGGGAGGCUGAGGCUGCCGCAGCUGAAGCUCAGGCAGCCACAGAAGCAUUCGAGAAAAUGAAGGCUGAGGCUAGAAAGCGUAGUAGGAAGAAGACGUGGGAUUGAAGCAAGAGCGCUCCUACACCGGUAUAGGUCUGAGAAGUGAGACUCAUAUAAACAGAGCAGUAAAACUUUGUGUUUAGUGCUUUUUUGUUUGUACCAUUAUUUCUGAAACUACAUUUCGAAAAUAAAAGUUGGGCACCUUCUUUCUGAUU